AUGAAAAAUAUGGCCUUGUCUGAUCAAACACCUCCCAAGCCUGAUUUUGUUCUGCUUCCUUUCCUCACUACUAGCCACAUGAUGCCAAUGAUUCAUCUUGGCUGCCAAUUGGCAGCUCAUGGUGGAACAGUCACUAUCAUCACCACCCCUGCCAAUGCAGCUGUCUUCCAGUCGUUAAUCGACGACAGCAUUGCUUCCAACCACCAAAUAUCUGUCGCCACUCUAGAGUUUCCCUCGGAAGAAGCUGGAUUACCACCUGGAAUUGAGAACUACAGCGCGGUUAAAUCACCUGAGAUGGUCCUUAAAGUUAGCCAUGCUCUGUCAUUGCUUAAAAACCCAAUGGAAGAUCUGAUUACCAAGCUCUCGCCACGUUGCAUUGUUUCUGGGAUGUUUUUUCCUUGGACUGUGGACACUGCUCAGCAUCUGAAGAUACCAAGGCUUGUUUUUUAUCCAUCAAAUUUUUUUUGUCAUUGUGUUCCUGAGAGUUUGAAAGCUUAUGGACCUCAUGAAAGGGUGGAGUCUGAUUCGGAACUGUUCUUGAUUCCUGGCCUUCCUGAUAAGAUUGAAAUGAAAAGAUCUCAAUUGCCUGACCAUGACAAAUUUAAGACGAGGUAUGGUGAGGUGCUAGAAAGGAUAAAAGAAGCAGAAACGCGGAGCUAUGGCAUAAUUUUUGACACUUUUUAUGAUCUUGAAGCUCCAUACAGCAAUCAUUUCAAGAAAAUCAAGAACAUGAAGAUUUGGACUGUAGGUCCCAUCUCUCACUAUCCCAAUUCCAACCCGAAAAGAACAACAUCCACAUCAGCACAUUACUCCUUGAAUUGGCUGGAUACCCAAAAAGCCAAUAGUGUGGUUUACAUUUGUUUUGGUAGCAUGACCAUGUUUCCGGAGCCCCAACUGAUUGAGAUUGCGUUAGCCCUUGAAAACAUGAAAUUUCCAUUCAUUUGGGUGAUAAAAAAUAGAGUCGAGGAUGAUUGGAUGCCUGAUGGAUUCAAGAAAAUGGUAGUGGAAUCAGAGCGAGGUUUGGUGAUAAAGGAGUGGGCACCUCAAGUUGAUAUUCUAAACCAUCCAGCUAUAGGAGGCUAUAUGACUCAUUGCGGAUGGAACUCUGUUAUUGAAAGUGUUAUGGCUGGGGUGCCUAUGAUUACUUGGCCAUUGUUUGCUGAACAGUUUUAUAACGAAAAGCUGAUUACUCAAGUUCUUGGAAUUGGAGUCGCGGUUGGAAAUGAGGUAUGGAACUCUGAAUUCUUUAAUAUUAAGAGUCCUGUUUUGAAGAAAGAAAGGAUUGAGGUGGCUGUACAAUGCGUGCUGAUGAAUGGUGAGGAGAUGAGGAAGAAAGCGAAGGAGAUUGGAAAGAUGUGUGCUAGAGCUGUGGAAGAUGGUGGAUCGUCUCUUAAGGAUUUGAUUGCUCUCAUUGAAGAGGUUAAAGCUUUUGGUAGUGAAAAUGUGUGA